AUUGCACAUUGACAUAGGAAGGGGCUGUGUGAUUGAACGUUAUUGCAGAAAUGUGGGCAUGGGCAACCACUUUGCUGUAUUCUUGAAAGGACUUCAGAUUCUUGAGUUUAGUUAUAAGGUAGGCCUAAGGCAUGGACGUAGGCCUAAGGUGUUAUUUCGAGUUUUGAAACGACAAACAGCGGUCAAAUCAGGGAUGGAGGAAAACAGGGGGAAACUCCUCUCGCAUCGCUUGAGGAUGUUGCAACAGAUUAAGAUUCUGCUAAGUGCAGCCAUCCUUAUUGUCUUCAUGAUCCCAGGGACUGUUGGGGAAAACACAGCAGAAAAGAUAACAUGCUGGGACAAGAAUACCAAUAAGACUAUAUGCGAAACUGCUGGAGAUUGCAAGUGGAGUUCUGAUGCAUUUCCUAAGGAUAAAAAGACUGGUUGCCACCAAUGCCAAGCAGAUUCUGGUAACAUGGAGUGCAAACAUAAUCGCACAUUGACAUGUCCCACAUUGGCAGCCUGUGGUUUCAACGAUUCUCUCCCCAUAGAGGAAUGUACUCUUGAUUCAUCAGUCCCUAGGAUCAAAUGCUUCGUUCAGAAGAAUGAGGUAUGCGACACCCCUGAAAGCUGUCGAUGGAAUCAUACUGCAUUUCCAACAGGUUUUCAUGAAUGCAAAUAUGAUCGCAAGAUUUUUACAUGUAUGCCUGGCAAAAGCAGUUCAAGGCCUACAUGUUCUUCUUAUAAUGAAUGUGGAUUUCAUGGGCUUGAUACAAAAGGCCACUUCAACUGUGAUGUAUGUUUUGACUCUAUAGACCCAAAAGGAUUGGAAGAAGAAACCCUGAAGAAAAAAAAUAUUGGCCUGAGCCUUGGCAUAUUAUUGACCUUGGCUCUAGUAGCAGCAGCAGUACUAGGAGGCCUUUGCUGCUGGAAUAGAAAAAAAAAAAGACCGCGUGCUAAGACGCUGUCACAAUGUCGCUAUCAGGCCACCAGGAAGUCCUCGGAUGCAGCAGAUGCAGCAAAUACCACCAGCAGUAAUGAGAUUGCAGACAUCUAAACUUAGAAUUCCACAAACUUACCAUAAACUAAACUUUGGGUGAAUGUUGCGUCGUGCAGCUAAUGUUGCAGCUAAUGUUGGCCAUUGUUGCACAACGCAACAUCCAGCAUCAAUGGGUUAAUAUUUGUUUUUUGGCUCCAAUAUUCUGACUUUUACUUCUUGUUUACCUUCAAAAUUAUCACAGUAUCCCCAAGGUUUUUGGUGUGAUGCCGAACACCAACGGUGGUGGAAGGAGUGAAUAACUGAAAUAACACUAAUACUAAACUAACACUUAAUUAACAUUAAUUUCACUGUGUGCACUGU